GACGGUGGCGUGCUGACGUCACCGUCCCGCUACGCUCGGAAGACUAGUGGAGGAAUGUGCGGAAACUUCCCCCGACACUUUCUGCUUUGUUUCGUCCGUGGAAAAGCGUUGUUGACGAGAAGAAUUUAAGAGAUUCAAUCGGAAUAACGGCCGUGGUGGUGACUUUGUAUCGCUGGGUGGCCCAUCACCACCACCACCUCUACUACCACAUCUCAACCCAGAAGCAGAGCCCCUCUUUUCUCUAGCAUGGCCACCCGUGCCAUGUUCCCCGCGGGUGUGUUCUCGGUUGGGGGGGAGAUGGUGGAGGACGAAGGCCCCAGCCUGAGUGAUCUGCCCGGGAACAACCUGCCCGUGCCCCAACUGGUAAUGCUGGCAAACGCGGCCACAGCGGUGGGGGGCAUGGAAAGUGCGGCGGAGGACGGGGCCAGCUGCGACGGGCUGACGGAGGAGAAGGACAUGGUGGAGCUGAAGACGGUUGGCUGCACCUACUCGGACAGCGAGGGAGAGAGCGUGAGAUACAGCUACGACCAGCAGAACCGGGUAGAGUUCUGCAUCGUGGAGUACGUGGAUUCCCCCGGACCCCGGGUUUGGACCCCAGCCCCCCGGAACAAAGUCCAGGAUGACCACGAGGCAGCGGAGGAGGAGGAGGAGGAGGGGGAGGAGGAGGAGGAGAAGAAGAAGGAGGAAACCAAAGACUCGGAAGAGGACGGCAACGCCGUCAAGGAUCUUUCCAAACCACAGGAGGCGGGUGUCCCCGACACGGCGGAAGCUUCUGCCGCCGCCGCCGCCGCCAAACGCAGGAGUAGCCACGCCGCCGCGGUGGAGAGCGCCAAGAAGAAGAAGCCCUUCCACUGCAAGCCCUGCAACUACCAGGCGGAGAACGAGGAGGAGUUUGUGGAGCACCUGGGCACCCACGCCGUCAGCAAGAGGAUGGUGCUGAACCGUGUGGAGGGCCGGAGCAAGGCCAAGGGCCCGGGGGCCGGGGGCCCCGUGCCGCUGGCGGAGGCCGGCGGGGGGGACGAGGCGGACAGCAAGGGCGUGAUCCGCUGCGAGAGGUGCGGCUACAAUACCAACCGCCUAGACCACUACGUCGCCCACCUCAAGCACCACAGCAAGGAGGGGGAGGACCAAAGGGUUUUCAAGUGCACUCUGUGUCCGUACACCACCGUCAGCCAGUACCACUGGAGGAAACACCUGCGGAAUCACUUUCCCAGCAAGCUCCACACCUGCGACCAAUGCUCCUACUUCUCAGACCGCAAGAGCAACUACAUCCAGCACAUACGAAAACACACCGGAAUGCGUCCGUUCCGGUGUCCCUACUGUGACUACUCCAGCUCCCAGAAGACUCACCUGACCCGUCACAUGAGGACCCAUUCAGGCGAGAGGCCGUUCAAGUGCGACACCUGCAACUACCUGGCGGCCAAUCAGCACGAGGUGACGAGGCACGCCCGCCAGGUGCACAACGGCCCCAAGCCGCUGGCCUGUCCCUACUGCCUGUACAAGACGGCCGACCGCAGCAACUUCAAGAAGCACGUGGAGCUCCACCUCAACCCGCGGCAGUUCCACUGCCCGCUCUGCAAGUACGCCGCGUCCAAGAAGUGCAACCUGCAGUACCACAUCAAGUCGCGCCACGUGGGCUGCGACAUCCCCAUCGACGUGUCCAAGGUCAAACUCCGCGUCAAGAAGGGGGGGGAGGACUCCGCAGACCCCUCGGGCCGCAGCAAGGCCGACAAGGUGAGGGGCGGGGAGGACGACGAAGACGACGACGACGACGACGGCAGCGGCAGCGGAGGCGACUUUGAAAGUGACGAAGAGUACGGGAGCAAACUAGCAGCGGCUCCGAUCGCCCCGUCCGCCAAGAAGGGUGGCGGCCACACGCAGGCCGUGGGGACCGACGGGGAGACGGACCGAGGCCAGAGGAAGGCCAAGACCGCCGCGGCGGUCAAGCACAAGGGCGCCCUGGAGGGUAAGGAGAAGGCGGUGAGGAAGGUGACCACCAGGCAGAGGAAGGUGGCCCGGGCCGGCGAGAACACUAAGGAGAAGUGCACCGCGGCGGACGGAGGUCCGGCGGACGGAGGUCCGGCGAAGAGCAGAGACCCCAAGGCGAAGAGGAGCGCCAGGAAGAAGCAGCAGCUGCCCAAGGAGACCCCGUGCGUCCAGGAGGCGGCCCAGCCGGACAACCCCAACGAAGGGCAGGUCGUCCUGCAGCGGUCGAUAGAGGAGAUGAAGAAACUCCAGAAGGAGAGGAGGAUUGAAAAGGUGAGGAAGGCCAAGCAGGAGGACGAUAAACCCAAGGCUGACGUCAAGACGAACAAAAGGCUCCAGUCCAGGAGGACGGGAGCAAAGAAACCCGACAAAGGGAGCGGAAAACCUGUGGAGGAUGUCUCCGUGGGAAACGGCCCAGAAGAGUCACCUGAGGUGGAACAGCCGGCGAGGAAGGUCAAGGUUGGGAAGCGGAGAGCAAUAGAGGCCUUGGACCUCUCGACAAAGCAUUCUGCUGCCACCCCGACCUCAGGACUCCCCAGUCCCAAGAGGAGUAAAACGAGCGCUGCGAACAAGCCGGCCACAAAACCCAGCCUUUCUAAAACAGCCCCUGAGACGCCAGAGCCGGGUCAAGCCCCGCAGAAAGAAGAGGCGAAGCAGAAGAAGACCAGGAAGACCACCAAGAGGACGCCCGUCCUGCAGGAAGCUCCCGCCUCCAUUGGAGACACGAUGGACUCUGUCACCGGGGACACUUCGACGGCCCCUACAGACGUCCAGCGCUCUCCCCCUGAGACCCAGAGUGAGGCGACCCACCCCCAAUCAGACUCCAGCGACGUGCAGAAGCUGACAAAACCCCGGCCGGCGCAGCCGAAAGACAAACCCGCUGCGCAGGAAACGGCACCGCAGGAAACAGCAGCACAGGAAGUGGCACCACAGGAAGCGGCUCCUCCAGCCCCGGAGAAGGACCUCCCAGCAGCAGCCGAGGUGCCGUCCCGGGGCUCCGGCCCCGGAGAGGAGGAGGAGGAGACCCCCUGCGCCGUCGCAGACCGGCCCCCCGCGCCCACGUUCCGGCGCCCGGGGGCCAAAGCCCCGCGUCCGUCCCUGGAGCUUCCCAGGCCCGCGGAGGAGGACGAGGGGAUACACAGCAGCCACGAGGGCGCCAGCGACGCCAGCGACUGCGCCUCCGAGGGCGGCAGCGAGGACUCGGGCCUCAACAGCGCCGGGGCCGGGUCGGGCAAGAUGGCCAACGACCCGGAGACGCCCACCGACGAGAUCCCCACGCCCACCGAGCUCAAGUGCCACCUGUGCGUCUUCUGCGACCGCACCUUCCCCCUGGAGGUGGAGUACCGCCGGCACCUCAACCGCCAUCUGGUCAACGUUUAUUACCCCGCCGAGGCCGGGAAGUGAGCGGAAAUAAACCGAAACAAACCGGGUGUGUUUCCGUUUAUUUCAGUUUAUUUCCCGGCCAAAGCCGGGAAAUAAACUGAAAUAAACUGAAACACACCCGGUUGGUUUCAGUUUACACGGGGACCAGACAACUCUUAUGUUGUCCCACCUGCCAUAUCGAAGGAGGGAUUAAGAAGACGCGAUUUGAUAAUUACAAGAUCAUGAAACGUUGGUCCUCCAGAUGCUGAUGUCUUCGGCGGCUGGUUAAACCCGUUGAACCUGUUACUGUAAGAUGAAAUCCAGAGGCCAAAUGGAUUGGACUUUUAGUUCAUCACAAAUAACUAUUUUAUAUUAGUUGCCGUCUAAGUUUAUCAAUUUUAUGAUAUUUUUUGUAUAAAUGAUGAGCCUCCCUAACAGAAUAGUUACUAGGAAGCUGUUUGUUUUGUUUUACAGUAUUCCGAACUAUAGAAAUCGCAUCAUCUGAUACUUUGAUAAUCAAUCUUUGUACUUAAGAUUUCCUUUACAUUCAAGAGAAUGGGACAAAAAGAUGUUUUUUUGUUAUUAAUGAGGUUUCCUUUGUUCUGUCAGUUGGAGAAACAGUAGCUGUAUUGCUGGCAUUACGUGUCAUUUCACCGUGAUUUUUUUUUAUGCUUUGAAAUCCAAAGAUGCAAUCAUCGUCCUUUGUAUUUUCCUGUUCAUUUCCAGUGCCUUUGACAAUCAUCUGUAAUGUAGUGUUUGUGUAAGUGCGUAGCUGAGGGGCCAUUUACUCGAUUUGCUGCCCGGUCAUGUCCAACUAUGUAGUUUAUUUUUAUUUUGGAGGAGCUGUCUCCAAAUACGUCGCCAUUUCAGUUUAACAAUUAGUAUGAUGACAAACAUCUGGAAGGUUCUCGGAAGAAUGGUUGGUCUCCAAGAUCUCAAGUAAAACACAGCAUGGCUGAAACCUCUGUUAUAUUAAUAACUAACAGCUAGCCUGCUAGUGGGGUACUUUUUCUUUUACUGAAGGUAAUGAUUUGUUCAGGUUGCAUGUAACUUGGAAGCAAAUGGAUAACAUUACCGUUUUGUUUGUGGAGACGACUGAUGUGCAAUACUGUCUUUUAGAUACACUGGCAAAUAAAUUCUGAGUUGAUCUAUUAAAAUCGGCUACAUGUUAUGUUCUGUGUAUAUGUUUGUAUAAGACUGGCUUUAUUGCAGCCCAAUAUCAACUUUUUUAAACUUUUUUUCUUGUGGUUAAGUAAGCUGGUUGUACUUUACAUGACAUAUUUUGCAUAGGUGUAGUUUACAUGAAAUUAUGUUGAAGUUUGAAGCAAAAUACAGCUUGAUAGGAAUGUUGGUUGAGAUUUGGCUUUAACUAAAUCCUUCAACCAUUAACUCACUGGAUCGUCACAGCAGUGCCAUAUGAAGCGUGCCAUUAUAUAACUUGUUAUUGCAAUAGAAAAAGCCCUGGUAACGCGAUUCUAAACCAUAGUUCAUUUAAUGUAUUUUUGGCGUUGAUGUCUACAUUUGAAAAUACAUUUCAGCUGUAGAUUCAAAAUUACACCAACAAAGUAAAGUGUCUACUCCCACUUGAUUCCUUUGUUACAAAACCCCUUUGUCGUUUCUGUUCCAAGACUAAACAUAUUUUAAAUAAAGUUUGGUGUUUAAAUGCAA